AUGUUACUCAUUUUCAGGUCUCGGACUAGUGGAGGGUUUUCUCUUAAUUAUUCAUUAUCCUGCAAUUCUAUUGAACUUUUGCUUCCAUCUCAAGGAAUUUUAGAUACACAUUUAUCUUUAGAACCUUCUCCUGAAGAUUUAACUUUAUCUAUUAAAAAUUUAAAAUGCCAUUGGUCAAUUCUUGUUUUGUCCAGAAGGGAUAUUUUUGUUCAAGCUUUGGAUAUGGAUUUAGCCCCGAGGGAGUGGUCAAGCCAGGAAUGUGUAAAUGAUGCUUUAGAAUUUUCAUCUACACCUUUCUAUAGUGAAGAAACAAUUGCUAAUCGUUCUUUGGUACAUUGUGGACAAGAAAAGUUUAAUUUGACAGUUCCUUCUGGUUAUUUAUUUAUUCGCUAUAGAAGAGCUUUGCCUAAAGGAAGGGGAUUUAAACUUCGUCUUCACGAAAUUAUCCACGACUGUGCUUCCUCAAUAAUUCAACUUGAUCAAUUUUCUCCUCAAAAAAUAAUUACUUCACCAGAAUUUCCUCUAGCUUCCCCUAAUUCUUUAGAUUGUAAUUGGAUUCUUAGUGCCCCUCCCGGAAGGCGAUUACAAUUUACAAUUGAUCCAAGAACAUUUCUUUUACAAAAUCCAAUUAGUGGGGAUCGUUGUGAAGAAGAUUAUUUAGAAAUUAGGGAUGGAAGUUCACAUGCAUCAACAUUAGUUGGACGUUUUUGUGAAACAAAUGCUCCAAGUACUUUUAUAUCAACUAGCGAACAUUUGUAUGUUCGUUAUGUGACUGACAGCGACUCAGAAUCACCUGGUUGGAAUGCCACAAUUAGUUUAUCUUUUUGUGGAGGUUCUGUUGUUCUUGUUACUGGACAGAAUUCAACAAUUCAUUCUCCAAACUUUCCCGAUGUUUACCCAUCUUCUUUAAAUUGUGAAUGGGUAAUAUUUGCACCGAGAGGGCAUUUUGUUGAAGCAAUGAUGGAACAUUUUUGGUUAUCUGCUACAGAAAACUGUACUUCUGAAUAUUUAACAAUUAGAGAUUAUAAUUCUACUGGUGAAUAUAUCCAAAAACCUACCUGUUCAAAAUUAACUUUAAAUUCCAACGGUUUUUAUCGUUCACAACACCGUUCCCUUUCAAUUUUAUUUGUCGUUAAUUACACAACAACUUCAACAACAACUUCAUAUAUUAGUACAAAUACAGCUGCUAGAGCUGCUCGUUUAUUCUGUUUAGCUAGAAAAUGUGGUUUUAGUCUUCGACUUUGGGCAUCUAAAUUGUCUUGUGGAGGGACAAUAAAGGAUGAUGGAGGGGAAUUGUCUUUGCCUUAUGGAAGUAGUUCUUUGGCAGAAAUUCCCCUUUUUUGCCAGUGGAAUUUUCAAGCUGGGAUUGGGUUUAGAUAUUUGUUAGAUUUUGAAUUUUUGGCAGGAAAUGGUAAUGAUGAUGGGGAGGAGAAUGCUUUAAUGCUCCCUUCUAAUAACGCGGAUAAAAUAAAUUGCUUCAUAGAUUUAUUGGUAAUUUCUUAUUUAAAAAUUUCUUAA